AACGGUCAAGCCAAGUAAACAACUCCAAAUUUCUUUAUACCCACAUGACAAGAAUAGGCAAUUAUUCCCACCCCUCCCCACAUUAGAGAGAGAGAAACAGAGGACUCGGAUCGAAUAAUGGGAACCAAGUACUCACACCACCACGGCUCCUCCUCCUCCUCUGUUCUCUCUCUCUACUACACCAUAACACUCUCUCUCCUCCCAAUCCUCUCCUUAUCCCUCGACACCAUCACCCCAACACAGCCUCUCACCUCCAAUCAAACCAUCGUCUCCGCCGCCGCCGCUUUCGAACUGGGCUUCUUCUCGCCGAACAACUCCGACUACUGGUACCUAGGCAUCUGGUACAACCAAAUCCCUACCAAAACCAUCGUCUGGGUCGCCAACAGAGACAACCCCCUAACAAACUCCUCCUCCGCAACCUUAAAAAUCAACCAAGACGGCAACCUCGUCCUCGCCGACUACUCCUCGCAACAAAAUCCAAUUUGGUCGACGAACUUCAAGGCCGCCUCUUCGAACACCGUGGCGCAGCUUCUGGACGACGGAAACCUCGUCGUACGGAUCGAAAACGACGAUGAUCCCGCGAACUAUCUCUACCAGAGCUUCGACCACCCGACGGACACUCUCUUACCGGGUAUGAAACUGGGGUGGGAUUCGAAGACCGGUCUGAAUCGGAUGCUAACAUCAUGGAAAGGAACCGAUGAUCCUUCAACCGGAGCCUACUCAUUCGAGAUGGACGUGAGCGGGUUGCCGGGGAUAUACUUGUGGAACGGCAAGGUGAUCGAUUAUCGGAGCGGGCCGUGGAAUGGGCUGAGGUUCAGCGGCGUGCCGGAGAUGAACACGAGCGACGUCUUGACGUUCAGUUUCGUCACGGAUGCAAACGAGGUGACGUAUUCGUUCGGGGUGACCGACAAGUCUCUGUACUCGAGACUGAUAGUGAACUCGUCCGGGGUUCUACAGAGGUAUACUUGGAUCGAAACGAGCCGGGUAUGGAACUUGUUCUGGUACGCGCCGGAUGACCAAUGCGACAACUAUAAGGAAUGCGGGGUUUUCGGCGUCUGCGACACUAACAAUUCUCCCGUUUGCGAGUGUUUGAACGGGUUCGAGCCGAGGAACCAGCAGGCGUGGGACUUGAGGGACGGGUCGGAGGGGUGCGUCAGGGUGUCGGGGUUGGAGUGUCAUAGCGAUGGGUUUUUGCGCUUGGAGGACAUGAAGUUGCCGGAGAGCUCGACGGCGUUCGUUGAUAGAAGUAUGGGAAGGGGGGAGUGUGAGAAGAUGUGCCGGGAGAACUGCUCGUGCACGGCGUACGCGAGCGCGGACAUCAGGGGAGGGGGGUCCGGGUGCGUGAUUUGGAGCGGGGAUUUGGUGGAUAUGCGGCAGUACGCCGCGGCGGAGGGCGGGCAGGACCUGUUUGUUAGGGUCUCGGCUGCUGAUUCAAGGAGCGUUGGAUCGAAAACCAAGGCAGUGAAAACUGGGAAAAUUGUUGGCAUUAUGGUUGGUGGUGUUGUUCUUCUAUUGGGACUAUUCAUUUUAUGGAAGAAGAAGAGAAAGCAAAGGGUACUGAAAGAACAGACAGAUCAUAGAGGUUCUCAUGAGAGAAGUACUCAAAGUCAGUUAUUAAGUGAAGGGGUUCGGGUGAGCAAAAGAGAUUUCUCUGGUGAAAGAAGUACAACAGAUGAUUUAGAGCUACCAUUAUUUGACUUCAGUACCAUGGCAAUGGCUACCGACAACUUCUGCCAUGAAAAUAAACUAGGACAAGGUGGUUUUGGCAUUGUUUACAAAGGUUUGUUGGUAGAAGGCCAAGAAAUCGCCGUGAAAAGACUCUCAAAGAAUUCUGGGCAAGGAGUAGAAGAAUUCAAGAACGAGGUUAGGCUGAUAGCCAGGCUUCAACACAGAAAUCUUGUUCGCCUCCUCGGAUGCUGCGUUGAGAUUGAUGAAAAGAUUUUGGUAUACGAAUACAUGGAAAACAAAAGCCUUGACUCCGUUUUAUUCAAUAAAGAGAGAUGCUCAUUGCUAGAUUGGCAGAGGCGCUUCAACAUCAUUUGUGGGAUUGGUCGAGGACUUCUUUAUCUUCACCAAGACUCUAGAUUUAGAAUCAUCCAUAGGGAUCUCAAAGCAAGUAACAUUCUACUCGACAGAGAAAUGAACCCAAAAAUCUCUGACUUUGGCAUGGCCAGAAUUUUCGGUGGAGAUCAGACCGAAGCAGACACUAUGAGAGUCGUUGGCACAUAUGGUUACAUGGCUCCUGAAUAUGCAAUGGAUGGGCACUUCUCAGUGAAAUCCGAUGUCUUCAGUUUCGGUGUGUUAGUAUUAGAGAUAGUAACUGGUAAAAAGAACAGAGGAUUUUAUAGUCCGAAUCAACAGAUUAACCUUCUUGGACAUGCAUGGAGGCUAUGGAGAGAAGGGAAGGGGUUAGAACUACUGGACCCUUCGGUUGGCAAAUUGUAUAUCGCGGCUGAGGUGUUGCGAUGCAUACAAGUCGGGCUCUUAUGCGUCCAAGAGAGAGCGGAAGACAGGCCGACCAUGUCAUCUGUGGUCCUCAUGUUAAGCAGUGAAAGUGCUUCACUGAGCCAGCCUAAGAAUCCCGGGUUUUGCAUGUUAAGGCAUCAUGGGGAGACAGAUUCGUCGAGUAGCAGGCAAGAUGAAUCGUGCACGUUGAAUCAUGUCACCGUUACAAUACUAGACGGCCGGUGAUAUUAGUCGACUCGACUUUUCCGUACAAUUGUACAUCUCUGGGACUUGUGAUUUUUGUUUCUGUUUAUAAUUCUCCUUUGCCCCCCUUCUGUCAUUUUUGCAGAAGGGCAAAGAGUCAAUAGGUACUUGAUUUACAUAUGAGUGAGAAUAUUUGACUACCUA